ACCUGUGCUGUGGACACACUGUUGGGAGAGAGCACGCUCUGCUGCGGCUUGCUCGACGGGACGGGGCAAUGAGCAGGAAGCAAGGUUGCUUCGAACCGAGAUGUCUCCUGCUGAUGCUGGUACCCUCGCUGCUCCUGCUGCCCGAUCGAAAUCCCAGUGCGUUUCAUCAUGCACGCGUCCCGUUAGACCGCUGCCUGAGAGGCUCCAUAGCAAGGCCAGCACCACCUCCGACAUGGACACCUCUCGCACGGCGGAUAGGGCCGCCGUUGAAGGAGUCGGAGGGUGCACAAGAUGCCACGGGCAACGACGACAAGGCUGUGCCAGGAGAUGACGGCGGUGCGGGGGGAGAGGAAGUUGCACCAGCAGCACCCCCGCCAGCAGCAACACCGCCUUUGGCAGGAGCAGCAACCGCUGGCACCACGGCAGCAGUGGUGGAGGGCGAGGCGACGAACCCUGUAGAAGGAGAGCAGCAGGAGGAAGGUGCAGUAGGUGCCGCGGCUGCCGUAGAUGACGCCAAUUUGGGCUUGGAGGCGAGGGUAGCGAACUUCGAGUUCGCCCCGCCGAUGACCGUCCGCAAGUUCAAGACCAUGCAGGACCGGCGGGUGCCGGUGUCAAUAAAAUACUCGGGCGGGGGCGGGUUCAAGCGAUACUUCGAGGAGAUCGCGAUAGUGCUCAAGAGACACUUUCCGGACGUGCUCAUCGACAGAGAAAUCGUUGAGGUGAGCUCGACGCGCGAGGAAGAGGUUUUCGAGAUCAGAAUCGACGGGAAGCUGGUGUGCGCGAAGCGAAGAGGAAAGCCGGGAGUGUUUUUGCACAUGGAGACGUUUGCACAGGCUAUCCGAAAGGCGAGGCAACGAAGACGGCCGGGGGCCAUCGUUUACGGGGACCAAGAGACGUACAUGAACGUGAAGGCUCUGACUGAUCAGAGGACAGCGGGAGACUCCUUGGAGAGAGAUUUUGAGAACUUCGCCAGAGACGAAGACACUCCCUCCGACAAGUGAUUCAUUGCGAAUUGACAACGGGGGGUGUGCACUUACGCCUCGGCAUUCGGGUUUGCGGGAGAUGGAGGCUUAGCAUCGCGCAAGUCGAGAUACAUACGAGCGCGAAGAGCGCGUUAACAUGUUCUCUCCGUCGCUGGUCGGUCGCUUGUUUUGCUCUUGAGGGGAAGUCGUGGAGAGUUGACCGGGGGCAGAGGGCAAGAGCAGUUACGAGACUGCGGUGUUUCAGAGAUCGGUCCGCUUGCGGCGUGUUGAAUCCCAACCCUUGUAGUUGUGUCCGUCUCCUCCAUUGACGGCAUGCAGCCCGUGACCGAAAGCUUGUGUCCUGAUGCCCGCGCUGUUGUGUGAUGUAAGGCUGGAUAGCGUUC